AUGGAAGAAGAGCAAUGUUUACAUGAGUGUGAAAACUAUAUUCAGAGUCACAAUAUUUCUUCAUUGUUGAAAGAUUGUAUAGUGCAAUUAUGUGUAAAUAAGCCAGAAAAUCCUGUGUCUUUUUUAAGACAAUAUCUCCAAAAACUAGAACGCGAACAAGCAAAGGCUGCUCAAGCUGCAGCAGCUGCAUCAGAGGGCGAAGCGGAUGGAGAACUCUCUCCACUGCCUGUGCCUGGGGGACAGCCACCACGCAGACGUGGUGGUAUUAGUGCUGAACCUGUAACAGAGGAAGAUGCUACCAGCUAUGUUAAAAAGGUGGUGCCAAAAGAUUAUAAGACUAUGGGUGCUCUUUCGCGAGCUAUAGCUUCAAAUGUACUCUUUACUCAUUUGGAUGAAUCUGAGAGAGCAGAUAUGUUCGAUGCUAUGUUUCCAGUACAGUGUCUUCCUGGUGAAACUGUCAUAAGGCAAGGAGAUGAAGGAGAUAACUUUUACAUAAUAGAUUCAGGAGAUGUAGAAGUUUUAGUAAACGGUGAACCUGUUACAACUAUUGGAGAAGGAGGCAGUUUUGGUGAACUGGCUCUAAUAUACGGCACACCUAGGGCAGCGACAGUGCGCGCAAGAACUCCUUUAAAGCUAUGGGGCUUGGAUCGUGACUCUUACCGUCGUAUACUUAUGGGAUCCACUAUAAGAAAACGACGCAUGUACGAUGAAUUCUUAUCACGCGUCUCAAUUUUAGAAAGUUUAGAAAAAUGGGAACGACUAACAGUUGCAGAUGCCUUAGAACCUGUAUCCUUUACUGACGGCGAGAUCAUAGUCAGACAAGGAGAACCUGGCAAUGACUUUUACAUCAUUGUUGAAGGAACUGCAGUGGUGCUACAACAAAGGAGUGGUCAGGGAGAAGGUUCGGCAGUAGAAGUAGGUCGACUGGGACCUUCUGAUUACUUUGGAGAAAUUGCAUUAUUAUUGGACAGACCACGUGCGGCUACCGUACGAGCUGCAGGAUCUCUUAAAUGUGUCAAGCUGGAUCGUGCCAGGUUCGAAAGAGUACUGGGCUUAUGUGCUGACAUCUUGAAACGUAAUAUUGCACAGUACAAUAGCUUCGUUUCGUUAUCUGUAUAA